AUGUCUCAGCAUGCUGACAGACAAGGUGAGACCAGUCCGCGCGGGAGCAACACAUUCUGUUCCCUUUUUUGUCUGAUGUUGGUUAUCCUCCUUCACAAAAUAGUCACCGCCUCCCCAGACCCCACAGCUGUUGAACAGUUUUGCAGGGAUCCAGGUGUCCCAGAACAUGGAAGACGAACACCAGUUUCUGGAACAUUCUUUGAGAAAGCAGUGGCUAGGUUCUCUUGCCUAGAAGGUUACCGUCUAAAGGGACCAGCAAAGACUGUAUGUACACGCUUUAAAAAUGGAUCUUUAGACUGGAUGCCCAGCCUCAGAACAGUGUGCCUUCCAGAAGAUUGUCUGCCUCCAUACAUUGAGGAUGCUGACAUCUCCAACAAGACUUACAGACCAGGAGAUAGUCUGAUCAUUAGCUGCCACGAAGGAUUUCAGAUACGAUAUCCUGACAUGGACAACAUGCAGUCAGUAUGUCAGGACGAUGGGACAUGGGACAAUCAGCCCAUUUGUCAAGGCUGUUUGCGACCUUUGAUUCCUCCUCACAGUUACAUGAACAUCUCGGAAACAGAGUUCUCUGUCCCAGUAGGAACAGUGGUCUUGUACCAGUGUUUCCCUGGUUACAAACUGGAGGGAGCAGCAUUACUGGAGUGCAUGUAUAACCUCAUCUGGUCUCACGUGCCACCCCGGUGCCUUGAUGUUGAAGUUUGUCCCUUUCCCCCUAUGGUGGAACAUGGAGAUUAUAUAUGCCAUCCACAGCCCUGUGACCGCUAUAUCCAUGGGACGGUGGUGGAAUACUAUUGUGAUCCUGGCUAUGCUCUUGCAGAUGAUUACAAAUACAUCACCUGCCAGUACGGGCAGUGGUUUCCCCAAAUCCAGAUUUACUGUAUCAGAGAAGAGACUAUUUGGCCUGGGUCUGAGGACUCUGUGAUGAACACAUGGAAAGCAAUGACAUGUACAGCAUCCAGUGUACUGGUCGCCCUGCUCCUACUCAUUAUGGUCAAAGUGUUCCACUCCAAAUGCAGGACUGGCUGGUCCUCUAGUGAACAACAGGAGGAUUCCCGGGGCCCAAACUUCCUUGUAGUGGAUGGUAUUCCCGUGCCUCUUCCCACCUACGAGGAGGCAGUCAACAGUCCGAACUACCAGGUUCCCAAUAUGCUUCCCUCUGAGAGUCCAGGGAACACACAGCACCUUGACAGCCAAGAGCCGCCUUCAUACCCAGGUCACCCAGAAAGUCAGAACAGUGCACCUCUAGACACUGGAGAAGGUGAAACCUGUGAGAGUAUCUCUGAGUUGUCUGAAUGCAUCCAGAGCACACAACCAUCUUCCCUGAAUACAAGUGGGCCAAACAACGUGUCUGAACGGACUAACGUGAUCACCUCCAUUGAGGAGACAGCCUCCACAAGCCCAAGCAUAGAUAUAGCAGACGAAAUUCGUCUGGUAGAAGACGGAGCUGAAGAGGAUUGA